GCAGGGAAGUUUGCCGGCGUGGUAGGCAGCCUCGCUCACAUUGGUGUCUCUCUUACGCUCUUGCUUAGCCUUCCCGCUUCUGCGCAGCUCGACCCGGCCAAAGCUAUUCAGCCUGCCCCCUGUAUCUAUUUGCCCCUUGUGAGCAGCAUGUCUGAUUACGGCGCUCUGCCGACUAAUGGAGUCGGCGCGGGAAUGAAAAACGACGCUUUUGCAGAUGCUGUACAACGGGCCAGACAGAUUGCAGCUAAAAUUGGUGGAGACGGCGUUCCUUCGGUGAGCAACAACGGUGGAGCUGAGAACUAUCCAUUCACAGCACAGAAACGAUCCCUGGAAGAAGCGGAUGAACCUGAUGCCAAGAAGGUAGCAUCACAGAACGAAAUGGAUUCCCCAUUGUCUAUUGAAGCUCAGCUGGCUGCCCUGUCUCAACAAAGUGUCAGGGGCUCCACAAUAACAGAAGAGUACAGGGUGCCUGAUGGCAUGGUCGGUCUAAUUAUUGGCCGAGGAGGUGAACAGAUUAACAAAAUACAGCAGGAUUCUGGCUGCAAAGUCCAGAUUGCUCAUGACAGUGCCGGCCUUUCAGAAAGAAGCGUUUCUCUGACAGGGUCACCAGAUGCUGUACAGAGAGCCAAGGCACUUAUAGAUGACAUAGUGUCAAGAGGUCACGAGUCGACCAAUGGGCAGUCAGGUUCCAUGCAGGAGAUGAUCAUCCCUGCAGGCAAGGCCGGCCUUAUUAUAGGCAAAGGAGGAGAGACCAUCAAACAGCUUCAGGAGCGGGCUGGAGUCAAAAUGAUUCUUAUUCAAGACGGAUCCCAGCCACCCAACAUUGAUAAACCCCUGCGCAUCAUUGGAGACCCCUACAAAGUGCAGCAAGCAAAGGAGAUGGUUAAUGAGAUUCUACGGGACAGGGAUCAUGCAGGUUUUGGAGACAGGAACGAAUACGGCUCAAGGAUGGGAGGAGGAGGAGGCGGCGGCGGCGGCGGCGGCAUCGAUAUAGCUGUGCCCCGUCACUCUGUUGGAGUUGUGAUUGGCCGAAGUGGGGAGAUGAUCAAGAAGAUCCAGAGCGAUGCUGGAGUGAAGAUACAGUUUAAACCAGAUGACGGUACCGGUCCUGAGAAAAUAGCCCAUAUUAUGGGUCCACCAGACCAGUGUCAGCAUGCUGCCUCAAUCAUUACUGACCUGCUACAGAGUAUCCGUGCCCGAGAGGAGGGUGGGCAGGGGGGCCCCCCAGGUCCUGGUUCAGGGAUGCCACCUGGUGGGCGAGGACGGGGUAGAGGCCAGGGGAACUGGGGUCCUCCGGGGGGAGAGAUGACCUUCUCCAUUCCUGCUCACAAAUGUGGGCUCGUCAUUGGCAGAGGAGGAGAGAAUGUCAAGUCCAUUAACCAACAGACUGGUGCAUUUGUGGAGAUAUCUCGUCAGCCACCGCCAAACGGUGACCCAAACUUCAAACUGUUCAUCAUCCGAGGGUCCCCGCAGCAGAUUGACCACGCAAAGCAGCUCAUAGAAGAGAAGAUUGAGGCUCCGUUGUGUCCAGUGGGAAGUGGUCCUGGUCCAGGAGGCCCAGGUGGUCCAAUGGGUCCCUAUAAUCCCAACCCUUAUAAUCCAGGUCCUCCUGGUGGUGCUCCUCAUGGAGCCGCGCCUGGUGGCCCCCAGUUCUGUCCUCAAGGUUGGGGAAAUACCUAUCAGCAGUGGCAAGCCCCAGGUCCACAAGACCCCAAUAAGGCAGCAGCAGACCCAAACGCAGCAUGGGCAGCCUACUAUGCACAGUAUUAUGGCCAACAGCCAGGGGGAGCCAUGGCAUCCCAGGCUCCAGGAGGCGCCGCAGUGGGAGCUCCAGGGGACCAGAGCCAAGGAGCUCAGGCCUCUGGGGGCCAGCCAGACUACACUAAAGCUUGGGAGGAAUACUACAAGAAAAUGGGCAUGACCCAGCCAGCUGCAGCGGCAGCACCUGCUCCAGCUGCAGCAGCAGCGCCUGCAGCAGCAGCAGCAGCAGGAGGAGGAGGAGCUGGAGGCCAGCAGGACUACAGCGCAGCCUGGGCUGAGUACUACAGACAGCAGGCUGCCUACUAUGGACAGGGAGGGCAGGUGCCAGGACAGGCAGCUGCUCCACAGCAGGGACAACAGGCCCAGUAAACGAAUCGCAUCCGUUGGAUUGUUGCGAUGGCUCUCUGGACUUGCUUGUUUUUUCUAUCAAGAUUUCCUUUUUGGCUUUGAGUCAAGACCAUGAUUUACUCAUCCACCCAGACAUUUUCUAUUCCAACCUUCUUGUUGUUGUUUUUUUUAAGUCAAAAUUGAAGAAAGGAAAAAGGGAACACAUUUUGCCCAUGGAUUGAACAAAGCACUAAAUAAAUGCUUGGGUCAUUGUUCAUUUUGCUCCUUCACCUCACCCACACCUUUUUAAUACAUCUGAACUUUUUUUUUUUUUAAAUGUGAAAUGAUAACCAUCUUUGCUUGCAAGCUAGCACAAUAGCAUCUCAACACUGACUCACAUUCAUGUUGUUUUUUUUCCCCUUCUAUUUCCCGAGGGUAAAAAAAAAAACUGUCUAGCAGUAUUUUGAAUAUAUCCAGAAAUUAUGUUUGUGUAAAGAAAAACAAAAACAGAAUUUUUUUUUUUU